UACAGGAGGAUGAUGGUUGAAGAUGUAAAUCAGUCCAUCUUGAUCAGCGGAGAAUCAGGAGCGGGAAAGACCGAGACUACGAAGCUCCUCCUGUUCCACCUCGUCUCCCUCCAAGGCUGCAGGAGCUCUCCCAGCAAGUCUGGCUCAGUCGUGAAGGGUCUGGAGCAGAAGGUGCUGCUGUCCAACACGAUCUUGCAAGCCUUUGGGAACGCAGCGACUGUCAGGAACCAGAACUCCUCCCGCUACGGAAAGUUUGUCUCUCUCUACUUCUCGAGGGCAGACAGCAAGUACUCGUUGCAAGGAUGCUCCAUUAACGUCUUCCUCCUGGAGAGAUCCAGGGUCGCGCACGUUGAGAAGGGAGAGCGAAAUUUCCACAUCUUCUAUCAAUACCAGAAUUGUUUCCCCCCCCUUCGUUCCUCUUCCUUACAUGCCCCAGUAGGAAGCGAAGACAACGAGAGAGAUGGCAGGUCAACGCUAGAGAGCACGAAGGAGGCGAUGAGAGGAGGAGGGCUAACGGAGGAGGAGGUUGACAACGUGAUGAGCACCGUCGGUCUCAUCCUCUCCUUGGGGAAUAUCCUCUUCCUCCCUGUAGAAUCCAAAAACUCCACUGUCGACCGAAGUUCGAGCUCGCAUGCGCUGCUGGCAGCGGCGGCGUGCUUGCAGUGCUCGUGCUCGGAGCUGGAGGAGACGCUCUGCACGAGGAAAGUGCGGCUGGCAGGGGAGGAGGUAGGGGUGGAUCGGUCAGAAGAGCGAGCAGGGGAAGCAAGAGACGGGAUGUGCAAGGUAAUCUAUGAGAGAUUGUUCAGUUGGCUGGUCAGGAGGAUGAACCUGGCUCUCCUGUCCAACGCGAGGGGAUGUAGCGUAAUCAACGUUCUCGACAUCUUCGGCUUCGAGUCGCUGGAAGUCAACGGGUUCGAGCAGCUCCUGAUCAACUACGCAAACGAGAGGCUGCAGAGCUUGUUCAACAACCACAUGUUUGCAUUCGAGCAAGAGACGUACCGAGAGGAAGGGCUGACCUUCUCCCUCGUGGACUUUGUUAAGGUAGAGGACAGGCAGACGGGGCUGCUCACGCUCGUUGACGAGGAGAUCAGGAUUCCAGGCGGAUCAGACGAGUCUCUCAUGCUGAAAGUCCGCACGAUCGUCGCCAGCAAGCACGAGAAGCUCACGGUACCCAAGAGGUCGAGCCUCACCUUCGUCAUCAGCCAUUACGCCGGUCAAGUCUGCUACAACGGGACCUCGUUCGUGGACAAGAACAGAGACGCUGUGGGGAGAGACGUGUUGGACUUCUUCUCCAGAUGUCACUUCCGAUUCUUUCGCCUCCUCUUCCACGAGAUCGCCGACGUCCACGGGGGGGGGAAGCAGCCAGUCGCCGACUGCUCCCGUGGGACGAGCAAGAGCCUCGUUGCCAAGUUCCGCAAGCAGCUCACUUCCUUGGAGGGGAUCAUGGGCUCAACGCAGACCCACUUCAUCCGCUGCAUCAACUCCAACGAGAAGAAACUACCGGACACCUUCGACGAUGUGUUUGUCCUCAAGCAGAUCAGAGCAACAGGGAUCUUACAAGCUGCCAAGUGA